AUACAGCAGAUGCUCUCGUUUAGUUUUACAAAGACUAGGUCUACCUGCCGUACAAAUACAGGAAAAAUGCACCCAGUAUUUGUAUUUUGUGUUCUUGGUUUCAUGUCAUAUGGAUACGGAUACACAUUUGGCCAGAAGAACCAUUCCCGGUACAAAAGAGCGACAUGUGAUCCUAUCUACUCAACCAUCACCCCCGACCACACUAUGUGCCUGGACGACGCCCCGAACGCUACCCCCGCGCUGCUGACCGAGGAGGAACAACAGGACAUGGUGGACCAGCACAACAACUUCAGGGCCCAGGAGGAGGCAGAGGGUAUGAUGAAAGUGGUUUGGGAUGAAAAUAUAGCUGUGGUGGCACAAAAGUGGGCUCAACAAUGUUACGCGGGACACGAGAAUGCAUCUAAGAAGAGAGCAACGCCUACUCUGCCGGGUGUGAUAAUGGGCCAGAACGUGGCCAACUACUACGGGGCGGGCUACUCCUACCUCAGCGCGACGACACUGUGGCAUGGCGAGAUCGUGGAUUUUGAGUACAGCACUGGAUCAAAGAAUGGCGGUGUGAUCGGCCACUACACACAGGUUGUUCUGGAACGGGUGACACGCAUAGGGUGUGGUCGGGCGAGAUGUGUGGAGGGAGACAUAACGAAGGAGUACAUUGUCUGCAACUACGCUGGAGGACAGACCUCGGACGACACGAAGACACCCUUUAAGCUGUGCACAACUUCCUCCUGUCAGACCCAGUGUGAGACCAGAGAUGCAAGCGGUUUGUGUGAUUGCGGAGGAAAGACGUGUUUAAACGGAGGGACGCUUGACAAGACAACCUGUACCUGCGACUGUCCUGUAAUAUUCACCGGAGAUUCAUGCGAAACACUGUCCUGCUCCACGCCUGACAAGACUUACUGUACAGACACUAAUUACUGUAACUUUCAAAACCUAGUUCUUGAAUGUCCAACAUUUUGCGGGAUUUGUCCAAGCCAAUGUUCCAAGACGUGUGAGAACGGUGGAAGUCAGAACUCCAUCCCCUGUCUGUGUAACUGUGCCCCUGGCUGGACGGGCGACCUCUGUGACACACCAGUCGGCCCAUCGACGUGUGAUCAGGUCUGCGAACUUCCACUGAUCCUGGACGAAGCCGACUGUCAGUGCAUAGAAAACCCAAUUUGCACGUUCAUUAGGAGCAACAACCUAUGUGGUCUGGCGUACGGUCAGGCGUGCAAGUGUGCCUGACUCGGACACAGCUGGACGUGAGGAGUCUUGUUGAUGUACAUCUCGCUGUGAAGCAAUAAAUAACAACCACC